UCAAAGUGAGAAAGAGAAAGGAAGAGGAAAAAUUAAGGACUGCUAUUCCUGUUUUUGUCUCUCAGGGAUCCAGUUUCGCCUGCCUACUGCCUGUAAUGUUGAACGAACGCAGGAACCGAAGCCAGAAACAGCAGUGACGUUUACUCCAAGCUAUAAGAAAACACCCCCUCCUGUUCCUCCACGCAGCGUAACAAAGCCACUGAUCUCGGUCACCGCUCAGAGCAGCACAGAGUCCAUGCAGGAUGCAUAUCACGAAGGCCGUUUACCCCGUUUGCCCCGCAGCAGGGAUGCCUGGGGGAAAUAUGUCUCCACAGAGAGUUUGGACAGCUCCAAGGCACUCACGCUGGCCACAGAGGGCAGACGGCUGGUAUCCACAGGCAGCUAUACAUCAGUACAGACCUGUGAUAAGGCCAUUCUUGUGUCGAAAGCAGAGGAAUACCUUAAAACACCACGUUCAUCUGUAGGAAUACAGGUGGAAGCAGUCACAGACUCAGAAGCAGAGAGUAAAGGUCUGCCAAAGUAUCAGUCAGUGGGCAUCCAGGUGGAGGGAGAGAAACGUCAUGGGCGUUUUAAGCGCUCAAACAGUGUGACAGCAGCAGUGCAGGCCGAUGUGGAACAUGAGCUUUUCCGAUCAGUGGAGGAUAAGGUAGUGCAGUUUGGUGGCUUUCAGAGGCACUCAGAGCCAAGCUCUCCUGCACAAUACAGCGCCACACGCACGGUGCGCACACAGGGCAUCUUUACCUACCGAGAUGAUUACCGAGCUCCAAGCGGGCCACCGAGCCCACAUGCUGCAGCCUGGGUUGAGGAAACAGAAGAAACAGAAACAGGACAGGUGUCACCAGUGCGUGCUGAUGGCAGCUGGUACAUGCAACUUCUGCACAAUGAGACCAAACGCAUGGAGUCCUGGUGUAAAGAGAUGGAGCGUGAGGCUGAGGAGCAUGAGCUGUCUGAAGAGAUUUUAGGAAAAAUCCGAAGUGCUGUUGGAAGUGCACAACUCCUCAUGUCACAGAAAUUUCAGCAGUUUUACUGGCUUUGUGAGCAAAACCUGGACCCGAGUGCAAUGCCCCGACCCACGGCUCAGGAUCUGGCCGGAUUCUGGGAUCUGCUGCAGCUCUCCAUCGAUGACGUCACAGCCAAGUUUGAUGAGUUGCAGAAGAUGAAGAGAAAUGAGUGGAGAACUGUGGAGGAACCAGAAGAGAAGGAGAGAAAGUGGCCUCCUCCCACAGUGAAAAGGCCGCCUAAAGGACGUGGCCCUGGAUUGACACGUGACCGAUCUCUGGAUCUGCAGGACCGACAGAGGCAGGAGGCUCGACGCAGGCUAAUGGCCGCCAAACGAGCUGCUUCAUUUCGCCAAAGCUCAGUCUCAGAGAGGGCGGAUAGUAUAGAGAUUUAUAUACCAGAAGCCCAGACGCGACUAUGA